UUCUCGAGAAAUGGACCGUCCACGACAAUCAUCAGCAAUUAGGAUGUGAUGAAGCCAAGAGAAGGUGAUGUACAACUAGCAGAGAAGAAAGGUGGGUGCACGAGCCACUGUUUCAACAUGCGGGGAAGCUGCGCCGCACAUGUGAGGCUGAGCAUAGAAAAAGGGUGAGACGUCUGCUGCUUUGCUGUACACUAUAACCACAUCGCUUGAAUGUUGAGGUCGUCCUACAGAGACACUAGAUGCCAAUGUCUUGAGCGAUUCGGUGAUAGCUCAGUCCAAUCAGCUGGGGUGGUCAGGCUUCGAGCGUGUCAUCUGCAAGUCAUUAUUGGUGGUGUUUCUCUUAGCGUCGUCAGCAGAUUACGCGGAUGCCGCAAUGGACGAUGUCGUCCUCCGGCUUCGAAGUCGUUUGCGACACGACGCAACGUUACGACGAUGGAGAUGGUAGUGAGGUUAUGACCGGCCGGCCUUGCCGUAAUCAGCCCAAAGA